AUGGAUAUUUACUACAUGAGCGAUAGCAUCCAGUACUCCUCGUUCCGCGGUCCGGUUUACCGGGACUACGAGAAGUUCCCGUACGGUACGCUCGAAAAUCCGCUGAACAAUCCCGUCUCCAAGACUAAGCAGCAGCAGCAACAGCGGCGGCAUCACUCGAACGCAAGCGGUAGCUCCAGCGCUCAAGCAAAACUGCUCAGCUACAUCGGCAAAUCUGCGUCGGCGGGGAAAUCGUCCAAGGAUGCGUGUCCAUUUUGCAAGGAGCAAAAGAAGCGACCGCUCGGUGCGUACAUGCGCAAGCGUGGCCAGCGUAUCACCACCGAAAGCAUCAGCGAGGACGCGGAAGAGUGCAUCGAUGAGCUGCGGGAGGAGGACGAGGAGGAGGACAUGUGUGCAUCGGCGCGAGGCACAACAUUGUCCACCAGCCCGACCGGUAACCACCAUCAGCACAUUACACCGGCUGGUGCCGGAUUCAAUCGGCAGGAAUCGAUCGAAAGCAAAUGA